UAAUAGAAACUAUUAAGGACUUAAAUGUAAAUACUCUACAAGUUAAUAGAUCGGAGCUUCGUUGCAUAAGCCCAAACCGGUCGAGAGAAGACGGAAAGAGUCUGAGAGAGAAAAAAUGGGGAGAGAAGUGGCGGAGAGCUGUGUAGACACUAUGUUAAUGGAGAUGGUGGCGAUGUACAGUGGUCGAUUCUACGCUAACAAGCCGGAACUCGCCGCUCGGAGAAUCGAGGCCAUUGGUUAUCAGGUCGGCCACCAGCUCUCCGAGAGGUACACUAUGGAAAGACCAAGGUUCAGUGACCAUCUAGAGGCAAUCAAAUUUAUCUGCAAAGACUUCUGGUCUGAGGUCUUCAAGAAGCAGAUAGAUAACUUAAAGACAAAUCACCGGGGUACUUUUGUAUUGCAAGACAACAAGUUCCGGUGGUUGUCUCGUGUCUCAAUUGACCCUUCAUCUGAGAACGAAACCGAAGAUCCAUCUACUCCAGGGGAAAGCAAAGCAGCACAAGCGGUGAGCAUGUACCUCUAUUUCCCAUGUGGAAUCAUAAGAGGUGUCCUCUCCAACUUGGGGAUACCGUGUGCUGUCUCUGCAGAUAUAUCAAGCCUUCCCACAUGCUCUUUCGUGAUUCGGGUCAAGGCUUGAUUCUGCAUUUAGCUCGAGUACUUGGCUUUAGAUUCCAGCUCGGCUUUAUACUUUCAAGGAAGACAGUUCCUUCGGGUCUGAUGUAACUAAACCCCAUUGCAGACUUAUGUUUGCUGUUCUUUUGACACACGCAAGAAACAUUGAAGGCUUGGUUUCAUGUUUGAAAUGACUUUUAUUUUUCCAAUGUAAAUUUUUGUUGACAUCUCAAAUAGAGUAAUUCUGAUGCA